AGCGAACAGCUGGUCUGAGCUCAGGCCGGAAAAGAUGACAGUGUGGAUGACGUCACUUCCAGUUUCAGUCUCGAACAAGCAACACCAAAAUGGCGAAGAUCGCCAAAACGCACGAAGACAUCGAGGCCCAGAUCCUGGAGAUCCAGGGGAUGAAGGCCUCGCUGCUGGAGGAGGGCGAGCAGGGAGUGGGCCUGGACUCUACGGGCUUCUACGACCAGGAGAUCUACGGCGGCAACGACAGUCGCUUUGCCGGAUACGUGACUUCCAUCGCUGCCAACGAACAGGAAGAUGACGAUGAAGACGACACGUCGACCAGCCUGCUGGGACCGAAGAAACCAGGGUACCACGCUCCAGUGGCAAUACUCAACGCCAUUCCUCAGUCAGACGAGCAGUAUGACCCGUUUGCGGAGCAUCGUCCCCAGAAGAUCGCAGAGCGGGAGGAUGAAUAUAAAGCCCGGCGCAGACAGAUGAUCAUCUCUCCGGAGCGUCUCGACCCGUUUGCAGACGGAGGCAAAACUCCGGACCCCAAGCUGCAGGUCAGGUCGUACGUGGACGUCAUGUUGGAGCAGAACCUGUCCAAGGAGGAGAGAGAGAUCCGUCAGCAGCUGGCAGAGAAGGCCAAGUCAGGGGACCUGAAAGCUGUCAACGGUUCCGCUGCUUCACAAGCUGCUGUCGCUAAACGCAAACGCCGCUGGGACCAGACAGCUGACCAAACUCCCUCCAACGCCACGCCCAAAAAGAUGUCCAGCUGGGACCAAGCUGACGCCUCUGCUGAGACUCCAGGACACACACCUGCUCACACACCUUCAAACAGCCGAUGGGAUGAGACCCCCGGCCGCCCUAAAGGCAGCGAGACCCCCGGGGCCACGCCCAGCAGCCGCAUGUGGGACCCCACCCCCAGCCACACGCCCGCAGGUGCAGCCACACCUGGCAGGGACACACCUGGACAUGCCACGCCGGGCCACGGCGGGGCCACGGGAAGCGUCCGCAAGAACCGCUGGGACGAGACCCCCAAAACAGAGAGGGAGACCCCCGGACACGGCAGCGGCUGGGCAGAGACCCCCCGGACAGACCGAGGAGACGAGUCGGUGGGAGAGACUCCGACUCCAGGAGCCAGUAAGAGGAAGUCCAGGUGGGACGAAACACCUGCCAGUCAGAUGGGAUCCUCAACGCCACUCCUGACCCCCGGGAAGACCCCCAUAGGGACCCCCGCUAUGAACAUGGCCACCCCAACCCCAGGUCACCUGAUGAGCAUGACUCCAGAGCAGCUGCAGGCCUGGAGGUGGGAGCGAGAGAUUGAUGAGAGGAACCGGCCUCUGACAGAUGAGGAGCUGGACGCCAUGUUCCCCGAGGGCUACAAGGUCCUGCCUCCUCCAGCGGGUUACGUACCGAUCCGUACUCCGGCCCGGAAGCUGUCGGCGACACCCACGCCGAUCGGAGGCAUGACGGGUUUCCACAUGCAGGCCGAAGACCGAACCACCAAGCAGAUGAACGACCAGCCGUCAGGAAACCUCCCCUUCCUCAAACCUGACGACAUCCAGUACUUUGACAAGCUGCUGGUGGAGGUCGACGAGUCCACGCUGAGCCCCGAGGAGCAGAAAGAACGCAAGAUCAUGAAGCUGCUGCUGAAGAUCAAGAACGGGACUCCACCCAUGAGGAAGGCCGCUCUGCGUCAGAUCACCGAUAAGGCCCGUGAGUUCGGGGCAGGGCCGCUGUUCAACCAGAUUCUGCCGCUGCUUAUGUCGCCCACACUGGAGGACCAGGAGCGCCACCUGCUGGUCAAAGUCAUCGACCGCAUCCUCUACAAGCUGGACGACCUGGUCCGGCCGUACGUCCACAAGAUCCUGGUGGUGAUCGAGCCGCUGCUGAUUGAUGAGGAUUAUUAUGCCAGAGUAGAAGGCAGAGAGAUCAUCUCCAACCUGGCUAAGGCGGCUGGUUUGGCCACCAUGAUCUCCACCAUGCGUCCCGAUAUCGACAACAUGGACGAGUACGUCAGAAACACGACGGCCCGAGCCUUCGCCGUGGUGGCCUCGGCCCUCGGCAUCCCGUCCCUGCUGCCCUUCCUCAAAGCUGUGUGCAAGAGCAAGAAGUCCUGGCAGGCCAGACACACUGGCAUCAAGAUCGUGCAGCAGAUCGCCAUCCUGAUGGGCUGCGCUAUCCUGCCUCACCUCCGCAGCCUGGUGGAGAUCAUCGAACACGGUCUGGUGGACGAGCAGCAGAAGGUUAGGACCAUCAGUGCUCUGGCUAUCGCUGCCCUGGCUGAAGCUGCAACGCCGUACGGCAUCGAAUCCUUCGACUCGGUCCUGAAGCCGCUGUGGAAAGGCAUCAGGCAGCACAGAGGAAAGGGUCUGGCUGCCUUCCUCAAAGCUAUCGGUUAUCUGAUCCCUCUGAUGGACGCUGAGUACGCUAACUACUACACCAGGGAGGUGAUGCUGAUCCUCAUCAGAGAGUUCCAGUCUCCUGACGAGGAGAUGAAGAAGAUCGUACUGAAGGUGGUGAAGCAGUGCUGUGGCACCGACGGAGUGGAAGCAAACUACAUCAAGACUGAGAUCCUGCCGCCGUUCUUCAAACACUUCUGGCAGCACAGGAUGGCUCUGGACAGACGCAACUACAGACAGCUGGUAGACACCACGGUGGAGCUGGCCAAUAAAGUGGGAGCAGCAGAGAUCAUUUCUCGCAUCGUGGACGACCUGAAGGACGAGGCUGAGCAGUACAGAAAGAUGGUGAUGGAGACCAUCGAGAAGAUCAUGGGCAACCUGGGCGCUGCCGACAUCGACCACAAGCUGGAGGAGCAGCUGAUCGACGGCAUCCUGUACGCCUUCCAGGAGCAGACCACUGAGGACUCCGUGAUGCUGAAUGGGUUCGGUACCGUGGUGAACGCCCUCGGGAAGCGAGUCAAGCCCUACCUGCCUCAGAUCUGUGGUACCGUUCUCUGGCGUCUCAACAACAAGUCAGCUAAAGUCCGUCAGCAGGCGGCCGACCUGAUCUCCAGAACCGCCGUGGUGAUGAAGACCUGCCAGGAGGAGAAACUGAUGGGUCACCUGGGGGUAGUUCUGUAUGAGUACCUGGGAGAGGAGUACCCUGAGGUCCUGGGCAGCAUCCUGGGAGCUCUGAAGGCCAUUGUCAACGUCAUUGGAAUGCACAAGAUGACUCCACCAAUCAAAGACCUGCUUCCCCGUCUGACGCCCAUCCUGAAGAACCGACAUGAGAAGGUCCAGGAGAACUGCAUCGACCUGGUGGGAAGGAUCGCCGACAGGGGAGCUGAGUACGUGUCGGCCAGGGAGUGGAUGAGGAUUUGUUUCGAGCUGCUGGAGCUGCUCAAAGCUCACAAGAAGGCGAUCCGUAGAGCCACCGUCAACACGUUUGGCUAUAUCGCUAAAGCCAUCGGGCCUCACGACGUCUUGGCAACUCUGCUGAACAACCUGAAGGUUCAGGAGCGUCAGAACCGGGUCUGCACGACCGUGGCCAUCGCCAUCGUGGCCGAGACCUGCUCCCCGUUCACGGUUCUGCCGGCCCUCAUGAAUGAGUACCGAGUCCCUGAACUCAAUGUCCAGAACGGCGUCCUCAAGUCGCUAUCCUUCCUGUUCGAGUACAUCGGAGAGAUGGGCAAAGACUACAUCUACGCCGUGACGCCGCUGCUGGAGGACGCGCUCAUGGACAGAGACCUGGUCCACCGGCAGACGGCCAGCGCUGUGGUCCAACACAUGUCUCUGGGCGUGUACGGCUUCGGCUGUGAGGAUUCUCUGAACCACCUGCUGAACUACGUCUGGCCCAACGUGUUCGAGACGUCUCCUCACGUCAUCCAGGCCGUGAUGGGAGCUCUGGAGGGGCUGAGGGUCGCCAUCGGACCCUGUCGCAUGCUGCAGUACUGCCUCCAGGGUCUGUUCCAUCCGGCCAGGAAGGUGAGGGAUGUUUACUGGAAGAUCUACAACUCCAUCUACAUCGGCUCUCAGGACGCUCUGAUCGCUCACUACCCGCAGGUCUACAACGACGACAAGAACGUGUACGUUCGCUACGAGCUGGAGUACGUCCUGUAAAUGCCCGUCAAUACUCAUCCGUCGAUCCGCUGCUCCGUCGUCUCCGACGGUUUUUAUUUAGCGGCUGAACCUUGUAGUCUGUUCGAAUUUUUUUUAUUUCUGGAUUGAGUCAGACGAGCGUUGAUUUGAGGAGGCGGAACAGUCACGUCACGUUUUAAAUAUCGGGAUUAUUUUGUCUGUGUAUUGAUUAUUGAUAGGUACCGCCCAACACCUUCUCCAUGUUUCACAGCUCCUCUGUUCUUCUUAGAUCCAUGCUUUAUUUAACCAAAUAAAACGUUUGUGUAUAAAAAUCCA